CCAACUUCCGGCUGCUGGGCUUCCGGACUCCGAGGGAGCGAGCAUCGGCAAUGGCUACCAAGAGCCUGGCGCGGUACGCAAGCGGUUUCCCCGCAGGGCUGCCCGCGGUCCUCCGCAGCCGUGUUGUCUGGGUCGCGCGCCCCACGCCGCCGGCCUCUCGCUGCACGGCGCGGCGCUGCGUCGGGUCUGUUUGGGGUAGGCCCCGGGAAACGCCAGCACUGUGACAGCGCAGGGCACCUCGCUCCCAGGCGGGUGCCGCUGCCCCUACCGCGUCCAAGUGGCCCGCCGAGGCCGAUCUUAUUCCAAGAGUUACUAAAGGCUCUCGAGUUUUCGACACGCCGUGCACGUUUGAGAUUUGUGGACGCGGCGGGACGGGACGGGCAGAGCGGAGCGCGCCUGCAACACGAGCGAAGCAAGUUGUAGGCCAAGCCUGGUUCACGUGGACAUAUUCAGGCGGGCCGGGACUACAUAGUGAGACUGUCUCAAAACAACGACAAAACCAAAUACAACACAAAAACAAGAACCCUGGAUAUGAUGUUUUAAUGAACAGCCUGGAUUUCAGGGUUCUAGAAUCCUACUAGAGGUUUACACAAGAUAGCCAUCUUUAGCAAAAUACGUACUUUUCUCAUGCCUGAAAUGUGGAUUACAGACGUAUGUACCUCCCAGCAAUGGUUAAAAGAGGUUACCACCCUAACUUAAUAUUUGCUGAUGAAGUAACCAGUCAGUUUUAGCUUUUAAUUCCAAAUCUCUGCACUGCCAUUACAACUUACCUUCAUCAAAAAGCCAAAGAAACUUCUCCAAGGCGGCUUGGAUUAAUUAGGAGAAAGUCGGUUACACCAGCAAGUGGGAAUCCAGGGAGAAGCAGAAUCAUUGUAUGACUACUUAAUUGUCCUUGAUUUUGAGUCUACGUGCUGGAAUGAUGGAAGGCACCACAACAGCCCUGAAAUAAGUUCAAGUUGAUGAAGGGGUUCCCCUGAAGAUUUGCUUAUCGCAGUUCUGUAAAUGGAUUCAUCAGAUUCAGCAGCAGAAGAAAAUCGGUUUUGCUACUGGGGAUUCUGAGCCUUCCACUUCUGAAGUAAAGCUGUGCGCUUUUGUUACUUGGUCAGGUAACCUGAGUUAUGCCCGUGAACCACACUGGGGAGCACUGAGGCCGAGGAGGUGGCUCAGAGAUGCUGUGCUUGUUGUGUGAUCAUGAGGACCAGAGUUGGGAUCCUCACGACCCAUGUGAAAGCCACUGGACACAACUGUCUGUCUGUACUCCAAGGACACUAGGUGGAGACAGGGAAACCCAAGAGCAAGCUGGCUAGCCAGACUUGCUAAAGCAGCAAACCCUAGGCUCAAUAGAUAAGAUGGAAAACACUUGGCUCCUAAUGUCAGCCUUAGGUCGCUGCAUAACUGUACACAUACGUGUGCACACACAUACCUCACAUACAUAAGCCCCACCCAUCAAAGAAGAGUAGCAUUGCCACUAUGUAGUCCCUUAGUUCUUGUUUGAUUCUUGUUAACCUAGAAUUAUGUUUGUUGACCUCAUUGCCCAGGGAAAGUCAAGGGCCAUGCAGAUACUAAGCAGAAAAGCAAAUGCAUUCAUAUUUUUAAAAUCAUGAUUCUGCAGGCCAAUAAGAAACCCUGACUCAAUAUAAGAUGGGUGACACUUGAGAAAUAACACCUGAGGCUGUGCUCUGACCUGCACACCCACCCACUCAUAUUAGCAUGCAUGACCACCCACGCAUAUGUACCAGUACGUACACAGGGACUAUAUUAUUUUGAAAUAAUCAUCAACAUAAUAUCUUAAUGGCAAGUUAUAUAAGAUGUAGGAUAAUAUAAAACACAUGAGUACGAGUAAUAGCACAGCAAUGAAAUCUUAACUAUUCUACUAUAUCUCAUUUUCCAUGUUUUAUUUGUAAAUGGAAGAGCACUGACAUCGCCGGCUUUUAUUUUAAUGUCCAUUAUGCAGACUGGGACUUGGGCGUUUGCCUGGAGUAUGAGUGUAGAAGAAAGCAGCUGUUAAAACCUGUGUUCUUAAAUUCUUGGAUUGAUCUCAGAGCAACUUACAAGCUUUUUUAUAAGAGGAAACCCAAAGGACUGAGUGGUGCCUUGCAGGAAGUGGGAAUAGAAUUUUCAGGACGAGAACAUUCUGGCUUAGAUGAUUCUCGGAACACUGCUCUUCUUGCUUGGAAAAUGAUCAGGGAUGGUUGCCUAAUGAAAAUUACCAGGUCCUUGAAUAAGGUUCUUACUAAGAAGAAUCCCAAGAUUUUGGCCAAAAAUUUGGUUACAGAUCAAGUUGAAGAAGCAUCUGCCUGCAACAUUAGCAUCCAGGGUCCCAGCAUGAAGGAGCCCGAAAGUACAGUAAAAUCUCAGGAAAAUGCUCACUUUUAUGUGAAUUCUUCUAUAAAGGACCAGUUACAACUAAAGAGCAACAUGAAAGCAGAUAUUAACAAUAUCAAACAUUGCUCUUCUCUUUUUACUACUAAGCCCUCAACUUCUGUGGAACAAUUUUGUUCUCCUACCUUGAAGCUAAGAAAAAGUGAUCAGCUUGCCUCAAAUGACAGCUUAAAGUCCCCAACACUUAAUUCCAACUUGGUACUUGUAUCUACAACCAUUCCAUCUGUUAAUCAUGUUUCAGAUGUAGAGAUGGAUCGCACUUUUGACUGUUUACCUAUGUUGGCUGAGUGGGAAGAUGUAGUUUUAUUGCCAGCAUCUCAGGCUGAGCAAGAUACAGAUUGUAUGCUUCCCAGGAGUGACACAAAUGUAGAUACUUCAUUUGAUUCUGGAGAGAGGUCAGUGGUUUUAAAAGAAUCAGAAAUCCUUAGCUAUGAAAACUUCGCAGACCUUAAGGAGACUCCUCAACACCCUGAGACAUCUAAGUCAAUUGUGUACAAAAGUCCUCAUAGUACAGUUUAUGAUGUAAAAGGAGUCGAACAUCCAUCGGAUGCUUCUGCUUUUAAAUUACCCGAAUGCAGACCAUUUCCCUUCAACAGUGUCAGUGCCAACGCGCCACGUCCUUCAGUUUUAAGGACACAGCCUCUUCUUUUAGGUGGUACUAAAAGGAAUUCCUCUAGUUCCCUAGCUUUCCCACGAGCGAAAAAGCAGACCUUCGCUAUUCAUGAAGACAAGUCGACAUCAUCUACUUGCUCUGCAGGAACUUCUUCCCGUGAUGUUCCUCUCUCCAUAUUAGCAUCCACAGUGAAUCUACAAGAGCCUUGGAAGACUGGAAAGAUGACACCCCCCUUAUGCAAGUGUGGCAGAAGGUCUAAGCGGCUUAUUGUUUCAAAUAAUGGGCCAAACCAUGGGAAAGCCUUCUACUGUUGCCCUGUUGGGAAAUACCGAGAAGACAGAAAAUGCUGUGGUUAUUUUAAGUGGGAACAAGCACUUCAAAAGGAAAGAGCCAAUAGCAAAUCUCUAUCUCAUUCCUCAGAGGGACUCACUUUCAGCUCUCCAGAAACAAGCCAUAUUCCUGACAGAAAUUUAAAUUUUCCUAUUAAAAAUUCUUUACGACUCAGACCUUCAAUGAGAAAUUGAUAAACCCUCUUCUAAACUGUCUUUUAGUUCAGCAUAAGCCUUCUGUGACAUUUGUGCUGGACUGAUAACAGUACUGAGUCAAACUACACAGUCUCAGCAUUCCUGAGAACUCCAGCUCCACUGAGCAGUUCACACAGAAGGGAAGUGGACUGCAGGACUUGCACUCUAGUCCAGUAGUUAUCUGUCAACUGUCUGUCGUCUGUGCAUGUAGGAAUCCUUGUUCCUUAAAUUCCCAAGCAUGAGUAUUUGGAUAAUUUCACAUAAUUAUAUUUUAUUUAUUAACAUUUGUUGAAUUUAUCAAAAUAUCAUAAAGAACUCCAAGAAAAUAUUUUUAUAAACCAUAUUUGUUAGGUUAAAUUUAAUAAGUAGCUAUGGAACAUGAGAGCUGUCAUUUAUAGUUAGAUCAUGAUACAAAUUUCAAACCUUUAAAAUUAUUUAAAUAAAAAUAUGACUAAUAAAAUUCUUACUCAAAUGUUAGGUAAAUAUUCUAAGAAUUAUGACAAUUUUCUAAAAACAAAUUAUUUAGGUUUUUAUUCAAAGCUUGGAGAUUUGUUAUGAUUUGUUAUAUGAUUAACAGAAUUGUUCAGCUGAGUUUUGAAAACCAGUGGGACGGAGAUUUGGUUUAGAACUCCUAAAAUAGAUUUUAAAACACCUCAGCAACUGAUCACAUUCGUUAUAUGUUACCAAAUUGUAGGAACAUUGACGUGAAUGCAGGAGUCACUGUUUGAUUUCAGAAUUCAGGCUCUGAUGUCAUAACUGCAGAGUACUUUAAUCCAACGUAAAAGCAGUCUCCCCAGAUAACCUGCAGCUGGGUUCUGCAGGCUUGUGGACACUGUUUGCAGGUGAUUUGUGCAAUGAGUUUAAAUGGUUUUCCAUUCUUUUUUUCUUAGUUCAUUUCUUUUGACCUUCCCACUAACAGUCUUCGGCAGCUCAUCAAUAAACUCUACCUGUUGGUGUGAAGGGAAGAAGUUAGUUCAGCACUAGUAAACCAGCUCAUGCCAGUCAUGUACUAGCUCUGUUCUGACUGCUGGGUGAAAGGACGUUUGAAGCUGGGCUUUUUGUUUGUUUGUUGGCUUGCUUGCUUUUUAACAUUUAAUAUUAUGAGCUAAUUGACUGAAUUAGGUUAGGGGCUUCGGUUUAACCUCAAAAAUUUGGAUUAUCUAUUGUCAUUAAUUCUGUUUGGAACUUCUUGAAUAGCAUAUUUAAGGAGAAAGGUCAUUUAAAAGGAAAAAACAAAUAGCUGAAAUAUUUCCACAGUACCGAACAAAUGCCAGUUGUAACAAGACGACGCCUACCUUUCUGGGGUAUUUGUAAGGCGCUGUAGUCUUUUUCACAUGCUCCUGAAUCUCCUUUUUCAGUUGUUCUUGAUCGUGGGACUUGUAAUCAGGAUUCAGAACAAUAAAAGCCUUCACUACCUAAAGUAGUGAUACAUCACAUAAGUUAAGCAUUCAACGCCUUGGUAUUUCUUGUCUGCUCUCUCACUGGGAGUCUACCUGGGGGAAUGAACUGUGGGGGUGGGGCCAUGGUGUAGUGUAAUCCCUACUGUGUGCCUCUGCUCCUAAGCCACCCAGGUGAUCCAUAGCUCAGUCUCUUCUUAGUACCAGCCUGCUUUGCUCAGGAUCACCCUUGAAACCCUGCCCUGACUACAUUUUGAAAUGUGUGUUCUCAUCUGAGUCUGAUUACCUCUGUCCUUGGCUUCCCCUUAGAAACAGGGCAGCACACUGAGUACAAACUCUUGUGUAACAACUCAGCUUCUAGGCCCUACUCAGCUCAGUAGCAAAAGUACAAAGACUGAGGGUGUUUGCAUUUGUUGCCUUUGCAUUGGCAUUUUCGUUGUUUGGUUUGGUUUGGUUUUUGGUUUUUUUCAAGACAGUGUUUUUCUGUAUAGCUUUGGUCGUCCUGGACUAACUUUGUAGGCAAGGCUGGCCCUGAACUCAGAGGUGUGUGUCACCAUGCCUGGCUUGCUUUGUAAUUUUUAAACCCAUAAACCUAUCAUGUUGGGGCAGCAAGAUGGCUUGGGGAAAGGCGCUUGCUUCCAAGUCUGACAUCUGAGUUUGAUCUCUGACACUCACAUGGUGGAAAGAGAGAGCCACCUCUCCAAAAUUGCCCCCUGACCUGUACAGUAAACAAAUGUAAUUUUAAAAAAUUAAUCAUUUGAGCUUUUAAGUUUCUCUGAAAUUUUGUGGGAAAUCUUAGAUUUUCUGAGCAGUGUCUAUGGCUGGCCCAGUUUGUGUACAGCCACUAGCAACAUGUGGCUAAUUUAAUUCAGUUUCUUUAUUCAGUCUCAUCAUAUUGUGUGUGACUUGUAGCCCUGUAUGUUUAUAUUUACUAUUUUCUAGUGAAAAACAUUUUCAUGACUAUGUAAGCCCAAGUUCAGCAGUGGCCUGUGGCCUUUGUCAGAUUCUUAGAGCUAUGCAAGCCAAGGAAUUUAAGGGCUUAGCCAUCUCAGUAACUCACCUAUCUUACUACCUACCUUCCUUUUUAAAUUUUUUUAAAGGAUUUACCUAUUGUUUUUAUUUAAUGUGUAUGAAAGUUUUGUCUAUAUGCAUGUAUGUGCACUGUGUACAGGCCUGGUGCCUAUGGUGGCCAGAAGAGGGCACCAGAUGCUGUAGAAUCGGAAUUACAGAGCAUCCUGAGCUCUGCCACCCCCAUGCACAGUGACUCCUGGGAACUGAACCCAAGUCCUCUGCAAGAACAGCAAAUACUCUUAACCUCUGAGGCAUCCCUGCCUGGCUGCCUUUGUUCUUUCCACUGCUCCUUACUUCCCUCCAUUAUUUUAAAAAUGGCAUUUAAAAUAUUAAGUAUUAUUUUCAGAAAUAACAGAACUCAUUCAGCCCUGUUAUCCUUAUUGGAAAUCUUGUCUUUUAAAAAAGACAAAAUCCUGCCAGGCAUAGCAGUGCACACUUGUGAUUUCAGCAUGUUUUGCUGUUAUGUCUUUUAGUAUUCUUUAAUUUAGAGUAAUUCUCCAGGCUUUCUCUUUCUUUUGUGACACUGAUAUUUACUUCAGUCUAUAUUUUUAUUACAUAUAUUUUACACAAAUUUGUUUUACUCUUAACGCACAUUUGGUCUCAUGGCAGAAUGUGAACAUAAGCACCUUCCUUGUCAUACCUGAGAUUAGGGACCAGGAGCAGGGGUGUGCCAGUGGCAGAUGCUUGCCUAACAAAGGCAAGGUCAGUCCCAGCACUUUUGAGGCAGAGGCAGGAGGAUUUUCCUGGACUGCAUAACACAAUUAUUGUGUUUCACAAGCAAUUAACUUGAUGGAAAAAGAAAAUCGCUUAUAGGAAGCACACAUUUAAAAUUUUUAGUAAUUAGGGUCUGGAGAGAUGGCUCAGUUGUUAAGAGCCUCAUGUGCUUUCCCAGAGGACUCAGUUUCAAUUCCGAGCACUCACAUGGCAGCUCUCAGACCUGUCUAUGACUCCAGUUCCAGGAGAUCUGACGCCCUCACACAGACAUAUGCAGGCAAAACACCAGUACACAUAAAAAUAAAUAAAUUUUUAAAAAGGAAAAUGUAAUUAAAUAUAAGCCACUGGAGGGAGAGAGAGAGACAGACUUUGGGAAUCAAAUUCAGGCCUUGCACAUGCUAAGCAAGCUCUCCACUGUUAAGUUACAACUUUUCUGAAGUUUUCAAAGCAAAGCAGCCUGUGAAAUUCUUUAAAAAUAUUAAAGUACGAGACUCAACUAAGAAAAUAUUAACAAAACAGUUAAGAAAAUGCUCGUUUAAAAUCUUAUUUGCUUUUAGAUAAUUCACCUGAGAAUACUGUUAAACUUCAUGAAGACUGUCAAAUGUGGUUUGGCUUGACUAUAUGAGGAAUCCUUAGAGCAGGCUGCAGUAAACAGUGCGCAGUAAGCGGCACGACUGUCAUAGGCAGUGUCAUAGGAUAGUGCCUUUAAGCCUUCAUUGUGUGUAAUUUUGAUCCGUUCUUCUAGAACUUGCUACCCAAUCAAAGAUCUGGUUGGCCCCUUCCUAGAGAAGGAGUCAAACUGGCUAGAACCGGCCUGCCACAGAGAGUAAAAGGCUGCCUGUGGCGUUUAGCACACUGCUGUUUUGUGCAUGGAUGCCUUGUGGAUCCCACCUCUGUCCUCCGCCAGGAAGUGUUGCAGCCCACCAGUUUCCAGAAUUUCCCCUCACUCUGGCUAAUGUCAACACCACAUCGAGACUCUACAACCACAGAGGAACUGUAACCCACCCUGGGAUACCUGGUGACUGUGGAGCCAACCCUGGUUUUAAAGGCUCUACAAACUACCUUGUCCCAGAUAAGCUUUUGCCUGGGUAGACAGAAGUGAUGAUGACAGCAAGGUGUGGGAAGAGCAAAGAUCCUGUGAGUGAAAUUUAGUGAAGAGCCACUCUAAAGACUAUUUGCCCCCUCCUCUCAUCUACCUCACGUAGUCCCCUUCACAAUAAAAAUAGUGCUAACAUUCACACUGCUCAAGACCUAAAAUAGCUUGGUGUCUUCCACAAACACAACAUGCUAACCUCUGGCAUCAGCAAUCACUUAGCAAAAACAAUCUUGGAAGGAGAGCCAUCCUUGUUUUAGGCGAUAUUAAUAAGUAAUUUGUUUUACAUGAAAUACUGUUUAAAAGUGUGUGUUUAGGGGCUGUGAAUAUGUUUCCAUGAGUAAAGUGCUUGCUCCUUGAGCAUAAGAAAUAAGAACCUGGGUUCGAAUCCCAAGCCCCAUGCAAAAACAAAACAAAACAAAAAAACAGGUAUGGUAAUGAAGGUUUGAAGGUUACCCCAGCACUGGGGAGGAGACAGGUGGGGCAGGAGCUCACUGACCUACCAAACAGCCUAGCCUAAACAGUGAGCUCCAGUUUCAGGGAAUAACCUUGCCUUAAAAAAAAAAAAAAAGGUGAAGUGACUGAGGAAGGUAUCUCAAUAUCCAUACGUGCCCACACAGGGAAAUCUCACACACAUACACAUACAUCCAUAUAACACAUACAAAGCCACACAACUAAAUGAAGUAUGAAUUUAGAUGAUCAACAGACUUGAAAGUCGAUGGUCAGUUCUUUUACCUCUCCUCGGGUGGGGUCUGGGCUGCUGACCACAGCUGACUCUGCAAUGGAAGGAUGCUCCAUCAGGGCACUUUCUACUUCAAAUGGUCCAAUUCGGUAACUAGGAAGACAUGACAGGAACUCAUAAAGGUGAGUUACAGAUUCGCCCAGAAUGCUUAAUAUACACACACGCACGUAAGGAAAAGAAAGUUACCCAGAAGAUAAUAUGAUAUCAUCUGAUCUUGCAACAAACCAGAAAUACCCAUCUUCAUCCAUAUAGCCUCUGUCUCCAGUGAUAUAGAAAUUCCCUCGUAGAGCUGAAGCUGUUUUUGAAGGAUCAUCCUGCAAAAUAAAUAGCAUUUUAAAAAUAUUUUUAUGAAUAUGACUCUCUUUCCUAGUCAUUUUUAAGUGCUCAAAGUAAAAGAAAGCUUGGCUGCUUUGAGAAGCAUCAGAAUGAAGAGGAGCCAGAGUGAAGUAAGAAUGAAUUGUGAGCAUGGAUCUAGCCCAACAUAAAAGAAAGAAAUUGCAGUUGAAAAGACCUGACCUGAGAACUCCUGAGGAGUGUUUUAUGUAGCUAUAAGAUAAAUGUUGCAGCAUCUCAAAGAUUCAGAGAAUAGGCAAAAUUAAGCCUUUUUCUAAACAAUACUUAACACUGGCAGAAAAAGAGAGAAGAGUUAAAGCACAAUGCUUAAUUCAGAGCAGAUGUGUUCCUUGGUUUGGUUUGGUUUGGUUUACAUAAGGUCAGUUCUAUAACUGGCUUAAGAAGAAAACAAACAAAAUAUUGCUUGCUUUCAGUUCACUGGCAGGUGUGACCUGGACCUCCUGGUAUAUUGCUAUAAACUUUGCUCUGCUUUGUAUAUCAUGGUUAGAGAUAAGAAAACGUCUAGUGAAAUGAAUUUACUUAACCCUAUGGCCUCAUUCCUUGCUUCUCUAGUUUCUCAGGAGUGGGAAGAGAGCAAAUCAGAUGUCAGAAAAAAAUAAUUGUGUGCUGUUUGCUAGUUGAAAAGGAUCUAUUGAUACUGAGAAAGCAGAGAUAAGAACUCCCUUUUAUGAGUCCCUUCCAAGAAGAGGGCACCGGGUGUGUUAUUUGGCAAGCGCGUUCUUUCUUCCCCUAUCUGUGGGACUACUGCCUAGAGCAAUGAAUCUCUCUAGGUUUGUUUUGUAAAAAUAGGAAUUAGUGACCCAAUACUGUGGUUUCCAUAUAGGGUCUCAGGUAUUCUAGGCUGGCUUCAAGAGUGCUUUGUAGUAGCUGAAGAUGAUUUUGAAUUUGUAGUCUUUCUGCUUCUGUAUCCCAAAUGCUAGAAUCACACUUUUGAAGAAAAAAAAAAAAAUAGAGAUUUUAAAAAUAAAGCCCUUACUACAUAGUGAGUAAAAAGGCCAAAUGGUCGAUCAGGAAGAACUUGAAGACCAAUAUCCCCUUCUUGUCCAGGAGGAAGAAUAGUGCCAUUUUCAUCUAAAAUCUAGAAUAAAACAGGAUAGUUUAUUUAAGGGAAUUUUAAUUGAAUGCCACAUCUAGAAUUUUACCUUUGAAUUUUUUUGGCCAGAAUAUAGGCUUUAAAACAUUUUGUGUAGACUUUAAAUUCUUAAAUAUAUUAUUACCCAAGUUAUUAUUGUACAAAAUGUUAUAAAAUGCAAAUUCCAAAAUAUGAAAGAAUAGUAAAAAAUUUCCUCACUUUUACCACCCAGCAAUAAUCAUGUUUUGCUAAUGUUCUUUGGGAUAAUUAUAGACAAAAGAAAGUAGGAUCACUUAGAAGUUUUGCAACCUGCUUUUUGCCAUUUAGCAACAAGUCUUUGUUAAGCAUGGAUUCCAGGUCUUGUGUCACGUCAUUACGUCAGGUGUACCAGGGAAGAGAAAUAAGGAAUAUUUCAAGCAUGUAAUAACCUUGUGGUUUGUAUGAUCUAAUGAACUUGAGAAGCAUUGAUCCUAGUAUUACAACUAAGCUUCAAUUAGUCUGGGGCCUUGUCCUCUGGAAGUUGAUCUCUUUUCGCAGAUGUGGGGUUUUUUUUCUCCUUUUUUAAUGUAUUAGUGUGAAGCCUUUGUCUACACCUCGCUUUGAAGUUGGGUUGACCUGAGAGAACUUUAACCCUGUGCAAAGUGUGCAGAUGGGGAAAUACGUUGCUUUUUCUACCCAGGCAUCAGAUGAUAGUAAAGGCUAUGGUUAAAGAAAACCUGGAGCCAGGCAGGCAGGCAGAAAAAGAAGAGUGGGCCUCAGCCACUAUGAACUUGUGCCAAGAAUGCCGAUAUUGGAGCCAGAUUGCUUGAGUUGUGCUCCCGCUCUAGGGCUCAAGCUGCAUGAACUUGGGUAAGUUCUUCAAUUUCUUUGCAUAGUGGCCCCAUUGUUAAUAUAGCUUUAGGAUUUUUUUCUGGAAAUUAAAUGAGUAAGUUCUUAUAAAGAUCCUGAAUUCACAGCACAAUAUUGCUGUUUGCAAAAAAUAGCAAGAGCAUUUUAAGCCAACACUUACCACCCGGUUCUCUUUUGGUAUAGAAUUUAACAUAUAGACUUAACAAGGGAUUAUCACAUCUAAAAGGAAUGGGGGUGGGGGUGGUGAGGAAACAUUCUCCUGGAAGUGAACUUGCAAACCUUCACAUUAAAAGCAGGAGAAGGCUUUCCCAUUGAGCCAGGCUUAAUUUUCAUCCCCUUGAAAUUUCCACAGAUCAGCACCUAGGUAAGAAGAAAUUAUGGUAACAUUAAAAGUAAUGUAAAAUACUACUUCAUCUAUUGUGUAUGCAUUAAAUAUUGUGUAUUGUGAAGUGGAGUCAACACAAAACCCAUAAAAUCUGUGUCCUCAUGGAAUGUAGAGAUUCACAGUUUACCAGCAUACACGAUAAAGAUGUAAAAAAAAAAAAAAUAAGUUAUAUGAGUAAUUAGUAUUUGUACUUAGGUUAGUGCAAUGGUUGCUAUGCUGGUUGUGUUUAAAUAAUCCGUCAAUUUUUAUAGUUAUUUAAUUUUGUAAUUUCGAUUUUUCUAGGUAAUAAUUCUCAGGAUUUAAAAGUUCAGAUAUUAUAAAUAAGACAUACCAAAUAAAAAUUGUUCAACUUUUCUCUUUCUCUGCCUUGCUUGUUACCCUUUUUGCUACACAAUAACCACAUUGUUCCUUCUCUAUUAACCUUCUCUAGAGCUCUUGAGUGGUGCUAAGGAUUAAACUCAGGCCUCACAUAUGCUAAGAAAGUGCUCUACCACUAAGUUCAAACCCCCACUAUUCUUUAUCUGCAUGAGUUCUUUAAAAAGCCCAUUUUAUUUUAUCUUAUUAUUUAUGUAUUUGCUUGUUCACACAGGCUGGUGGUGAACUCACAGUGUAGCUGAGAACGACCUUGAACUUGAUCCUCCUCCCUCUACCGUUAGAGUGCUGGGGUUAAAAUAAUGCUUUAGCAUCUUUUUUCUAGAGAGUCUCCCAACAGACUUACUUCUUCAGGGGACCAGAAACUCACUCACAGCAUUAUAUUUUGUGAAUCUUUAGAAGUUCCUGUAACAUAGAUCCAAUACUUUUUUCUCUUUAAAAAUAUUGUGCUGUUCUCACGUUGACCAGUUAACCAUUUUUCUCAAAAAUGUUAGAGGGUUUUUUUGCAAUUUGUUUUUUUCAAGCUUUUCUUUAUUUUUAAAAACUUGUUUCUUAACCACACCUUUCCUUAUUCUUGCAGCAAUCACAAAGACACAUUAGACUCGUUGGCUUUUAUUUAUCUGACUAAUCACAUCCCAAUGUCUUCACUGGGGCAGGUACCGUUUCUGUCUGUCCAUAGCCUUCGUAGAUGUCUAGGCCUGUCUUCUUUCUCCAUUGUUCCAUCACUUCAGGGUUAAUUGGUUCCCCAGCACUCACACAGUGCUUCAAACUGUUGAACUUAUAGCUUCUCCAAAAAACAGGGAGUGAGUUAGGUUGAGAAGGAGAAAUGGCAAGACGUGAGAAUUAGGACUAUUGUGGUACAAAGUAAGCAGAUUACUCUGAUAUAAAGUAACACCCGAUGCCACAAGCAGAUUAUUCUAAUAUAAUGUAACACCUGAAGCUCUAAGAAGAUCAUUCUAAUAUAAAUGCCAUAAGCAGAUUGCUAUAAUACCAGGUUGUCUUUUUUUUUUUCCUGGAGGCAUCACUUGUUGCAAAGAAACACCAUGCCACCUUUAGAAAAGGUGCCCUACACACACACACACGCACGCACGCACGCACGCACACCCCUAUCUGUGGGUGGAUGGAUAGAUAGGUAGAUAGAUAGAUAGAUAGAUAGAUAGAUAGAUAGAUAGAUAAGGAGCUCAGUCUCUCUGCCUCCCAAGUGCUGGGUUUCAGUGCACCACUACACCCAGCUCAAUAAUGCUAUUUUACAUCAUCAGUUAAAAUUCACCUCACAACACUGAAGUUCUCUGGAGAUGCCACAUCUGUGUGGAAGAAGAUCUCAUAGGCUGAGUGGCAACACUUGGUAAGUGUGGUGACAUGGAAUGUCAAGGAUUGAGGGCCGAAUUAUCCUUGACACUCUUCACAAACUCUAAAACUGAGGCUACUCUAACAUCAGAAGCCUACAGAAGGGAUCCCUUUCUGUCUCCCCUGUUGGCCACGUGCCCGAGGCCCUCACCAGUAUAUGGACAAAUGCGUUGAUUUAUGCCUUCCUUUUGUUCUGUGACCAUGACAGGUAGUGUAAUCACUUCCACAGUGGACCAUGUCAUUUGAAGUCAUCUGAAUUCAUGUCCCUGGGCCAUAGUCAAUUGCAUUUGGCUCAGAAGAAACUGUGUGUUUUCCAAUUGGAGCAAGAGCUGUGCUUCGCAUCAAUGUGUGAGAACAGAAGUGCACUGUGAGCACUGUCACAGUAUCUUCAGGACCACAAUCAAGCAUUUCAAAUGGAGUCACAGUAGAGUUGAAGCAUGCAUUCUCACUACUGCUCUCUGAGAGAAGUUGCAAAAAGGAGCAAACCUCUCUGCUAUCUCAGCUCAGGUAACAGCUGGCACCCCAAAAUAAAUACCCUCUCUUUCUUUCUUUCUUUCUUUCUUUCUUUCUUUCUUUCUUUCUUUCUUUCUUUCUUUCUUCCUUCCUUCCUUCCUUCCUUCCUUCCUUCCUUCCUUCCUUCCUUCCUUCCUUUCUUUCUUUCUUUCUUUCUUUCUUUCUUUCUUUCUUUCAUCAUAACCACUUCAUAAGGAGUUCUAGACAUGGUCUGAUCUUUCCUUUCCUCUCCAAGUUAAUGGGAGCCUAUUCUGGAGAUAGCAACCAUGUACAAAAUAUCAAGAAAGCAAAGGAGGAGGAGAAAGAAAACACUAAGCACAGUGCUGAGUAGUCAGCCUGUAGUUUAGGGCAGAUGAGGCUUUCAUUUUCUAACCUCCUCUUCAUCCUGUCUCCCCUGCCUGACUUGCCACUUGCCAGCAUGACUUACCUGGUCAUGUCACUCUGUACAAGCAUUCGGUAGGCAGUUGGUGCAGAGCAGAAGACAGUGAUGGGGAACUCGGAGAGGGUCUGCAGUUAAGAAAGAGCAAACUGCCUCAGCUGAAGUGUUAAUCUGCCAGAGGCACAGCACUUUAUUUUCAUGUAAAUGGACUCAGAUUUCCUCCUGUCUCUGUGGACUUUGCAGAUAUAGAUGUCUUAAUUUCUAAUAUCCACUUAUAAGUGAAUAUAUACCAUGUGUGUCUUUCUGCUUCUGGGAUACCUCACUCAAGAUGAUCUUUUCUAUUUCCCACUAUUUGCCUGCAAAUGUCAUGAUUUCCUUGUUGUUAAUUGCUGCAUAGUAUUUCAUUAUGUAAAUGUAACACAAUUUCUGUAUCAAUUCCUCAAUUGAGAGACAUCUGGGUUGUUUCCAGAUUCUGGCUAUUACGAAUAAAGCUGCUACAAACGUG